AUGGAAUAUAGCGAGGAAAUUUUUAAUUUCCUUUCCAUCGUCAUACCUAGUGGAAAGGGGCUGGACAUCAUUAACCGAGGAGAUUUAAGAUUAACCCUUACAAAAUUGACGCCAAAUGUUGAUAAUUUAUUAUUAAAGCAUCAGAUAAUUCGGGAACCGACCCGUUUUUGUCCAAGAAUCAACCAUUGGAUGGUUUACCUUUUUCAGUUUUUGGGAUGGCUUCUUUCUUGAUUGUAAUAUAACACCUCAGGACAACACCAUUACACUAUCCAGUCAAGUUAACCUAUUGUAGAA